AAUUCUUUAUUCUUAAACUUGAGCAAUUUCCCCAUCAUAUAUAUACCGCCUUAUCCUCGACAAGUCGCAACACAUUUCAUCGAGCCCUCAAUAAAAAUCAAGAAUCAUGUCCAAGAAUAAUCCUCAACCCUCCCGCCGGCCGCCGGAAGAACCUCACCAGCCGGAGGGGUAUCCAAGAACAGGCACAUAUGACGAUGACACAUAUUCACUGGUGGGAAGUGGACAAGGCAUGGUAGGGAAAGGGAAGUCAUCUGUCGAUCCAAGGUUGCUAAUGCUGCUGGAAUUUUUCAGACAAAUCUAUAUUUGGAGAAGAGAAGUGUUUAAGAAAAUAUUUCCAGACGAUCAUGAUGAGUUCAUAGAGAUGUUCAAGAAAAUUGGUGCGACGUUAUCCCAGCUUGGAAGAUCAAGAACAAACGAGACUACUGCAACUUUGAAAAGAAGCUUGAGUGUUGGGUCACCACGGAUGCGUUCUAUAGAUGGAGAUGAUCAAUUGCCUUUGAGACUCGACAGGUUCAAGGUUCGCACGGUGGUUCCCGGCGGUGGCGGUGGCAUUGGUACCCAAGGUGACAAGGGUGACAAGUCUGGCUCCAAAUCCGAAUAAAGAAAAAAGGAAGUAUUCUUUGGUUCUUUGAAUUCAAUAUAAAGAAUAACAAGUAUUUAUGCUGUUUUA